CGAACUCUCAAAUCAGAGAUUACACAACUGUACAAAAACCUGUCAACAUUCUAUUAUUAUUUAAUAUUUAAAAUCAAAAAAGGGCCCAAGACUAGAGACUGUGUCCCAUUGAAAGCCAUGAAUAAUGCAAUAGUUAUUAGUUUUAGGUCCGUCAAACCCAGAGCUGGACUUUUAGCAGCAACCUCAUGUAACCCAGCAAGAAAUUAUUCCGCAUCCACCGAAGAUGUGGACUACACGAAUUUAUCCUUGUACAAAAGGGGUACAGGAGGUAGGUCCAGUUUCAAUGGCAUCGUGGCCACAGUUUUCGGCUGUACAGGAUUUAUGGGCCGAUAUGUUUGCACCAAACUUGGCAAAAUUGGUACACAACUGAUUUUACCAUACCGAGGAGAUAAUUAUGAUCCUAUGAGGCUGAAGGUGGUUGGAGAUUUGGGUCAAGUCUAUUUCCAUCCAUAUAACUUGAAAAAUGAAGAAUCUAUUCGUAAAGUGUUAAAGUACUCCAAUGUAGUUGUUAACUUGAUCGGCAGAGACUGGGAAACAAGGAAUUUUUCUUUUGACGAUGUACAUAAUGAGGGGGCGAGGAGAUUGGCCAGGCUCGCACGAGAAGCUGGAGUGGUCAGAUUUAUACAUAUGUCAUCUUUGAAUGCUUCCCAGGAUCCAGAGAAAAUUUUCAUAGAAGGUGGAUCCAGAUUCUUGAAGACAAAAGCUUUAGGUGAACUUGCUGUAUUAGAAGAAUUCCCCAAUGCCACAAUCUUUAGACCAGCUGAUGUCUAUGGUCAAGAAGACAGAUUUUUAAGAUACUACAUGCACAACUGGAGACGUACAUUACAAGCUCUCCCCCUCUGGGAAAAUGGUCUGAAAACAGAAAAACAACCUGUACAUGUAACCGACGUUGCCGCCGGCAUUGUAGCCGCCAUCAAAGAUCCAGACAGUGCUCGCAAGAUUUAUCAAGCCGUGGGCCCCAAAAGAUAUAUUUUAGCUGAACUGGUAGACUUCUUCCACCGUUGCACUCGCAGAACUGAAGAAGGCUGGGGAUAUCAAAAAUAUAACAUGAAAUGGGAUCCGUUUUUCCAGCUGAAAGUUACUUUAACUGAAAGAUUGUCUCCUACAUGGCCGUUGGGUGAUUUGUCUUGGGAAAGAGUUGAAAGGGAGCAUUUAUCAGAUAUCAUUAAACCAGAAUUGCCCACUUUGGAGGAUUUGGGUAUACAGUUGACUACAGUUGAAGAGCAAGUACCGUGGGAGUUGAGGCCUUGGAUUUAUGGAGCAUAUCAUGGACAUGAUAUUGAUGAUCCUAUUAUACCUCCUGCUCCACCCAAAGCUAUAGCUUGAAAAAAAAUAUAAUUUAUUUUAUCAUUGUUAUAUACUGCGUAAAUUAAUAAACGUUUUAAAUUAGAUUAUUAUUGAUCCUUGCCAAUGU